ACAAUCUCUCUCGAGCCCCUUUCACCGCCAGUGACAGAUCAGGAAGAAUCUCACAGUAAGAAAAAACACUUAAAAAAACUUUUAAGCUCUCUCAUCUCUCUUCCAGUCACUUGGUGGGUCACUAUCGUUUUGCUAUUUGUCCCCUUUCAGCUUUUUUAAACUCCAAACUGCGAAUAUUACCUGUUGAGUCUCACUCACACUCUAUCAUCUUCUUUUAAGCUCACUUUCUUCUUUGCUUAAGCUCUAAUAAUCAGAGUGACUUUUUUUAUUUGUUCCACUGUACAAUUGUCGUUUUGCUCAGUUCCAACUGUCUACUUUCUUUCCCUAUCCUCGCAAAACUAAUGCUAAUGUAUGUACGCACUCAUCUUCUCUGCUUCUCUUAAAAGAGAUUGAGAUUCUUCUUCACUAGCUCCAAAGUUUCACAAAAGCUCGUACACUCUUUCUUUUUAUUUUAUUUUUACAGAAUCAGAACUGAAAGAAAGUAGUUUUGUUUCUUCUCUGGUGACUACAAGUUAUGGAAUCUGAAGCGAUUUGUCUCUAAAGAAGACAUUGUUAUCUCUGUUUUCUAUCUCUCUGAGCUUUUGUCGGUUGUUAAGGUUCCGUUUGAAAUGACGGGAGAGUUAACGGAGACGGUGGAUAAAACGGCGACGUGCUCGGCCAUAACAGAGAAACGGCCAAAUAGACUAGGCGGUUGCGUCGGUGUUUUCUUCCAGCUCUUUGAUUGGAACCGACGUUUUGCUAAAAGGAAGCUCUUUUCUCGCAAAUCACUUCUUCCUGGGAAACAAGGUUCAAAGAGGUUUGGUAGGGAUGAGAAAAUGCUCAAAUCUAAGCUUAAUCUGAUUGAUGAUGAGAACAGAGGAGGUUUCCCUAAUCGAGGUGAAGUUAUGGAGCUUAAGAAGCAUGAUAUGAGACCUCCUAGUUUGGUAGCACGUUUAAUGGGGCUUGACUCAAUACCAUCUAACCACAGAGACAAAGGGAAGAAGAAGAAGAAGAAACCAUCACAUCAGAUUCAGGACAACAACAAGUGUGGUUUGUUUGGUGAGGAAGAAGAAGAAGAAGAAGAAGAAGAAGAUAAUGGUAUUGAUAAGUCAAGGCCACAGAAGAUGCAGAGAACAACAGCAGGUGUGUGUGAUAGGCGUGGUGUUAUGGUGAAGAAGUUUGGAUCAGAAGCAUUGCAGAUUAAGAACGUUUUGACCCGAAAGUACAAUAGCCAUCAUCAGCAUCAGAAACUGGCUUCUCCUCCUGUUAGAAGCCCCAGGCUUCAUAAUAGACGCAACUCUAGGUUGAUCGAUGCUGCUGCUAGGAUUCUGGAACCGGGAAAGAGAAAUGCUAAAUACGCUAUUGCUUAUCCAGGCUCUUCAGGCGUUACAAGGCGCGAAAAUGUAGGGAAAGAGCCAGUUGAAGUUGUUGUUUCACCUGAUUCUUUAGAGUUUCAACAUGGUUAUAAUAGCAAUAGUGUUGCUUCUUGUAAAGCUUGUGGUAGCUUUGUUGAUGUUCAUGGUUCUAGUCCCGUAGCUGAAGAAGAAUUUGGAAAGAACAUGGCGUGUGUUGCUGAAUCAACGCCUUUUGAAAGGAGUAAAAGAAAUGUGUUUUGGAGAAAUCAAGAACCAUCUAUGUCUGUAGCCUCUGGUAAAGGUAGAGACUUCACAGAUCCAAUGGAGAAGAAGGCUCCACAUCCUGCAAGGUUUCCUUUGGUAGCUCAAUCUCACACCUUUCAGAGCAAAAGAGGUUGUUCUUCGUCACCUGUAAAUGCAAUCAACUGUAAAGAGAAGGACUUUGUUGCCAUGAGUAGAGCUUCAAUUAGCAGGAAUCAUCAUCACUCCAAGGCUAGAUUUGAGAACUCUGAUUUGAAUGUACAGAGAAAAUCUUACACUAGAGUUGAGGAAUCUUCUAAUAGAUCAGGGUUAAGCACUCCAGGAAGGAAGAGAAGGUUAGCUUGUGUAGGUGGUCAAGUACAAGGAAGUAGCUCUAUGAGUCCAUUAGAUGGUGAAAGCACUUGUAGUAAUGGUUCCCCUCAUAGAAACUAUAGCCAACGCUGUAGAGAAAACAAAGGUGUUCCAAGUCAGAUGGGUGAAAGUAACCCAAGAACAACACUUGAUGCUGGUACUGUGGGUUUGAUUCAGCAAAAGCUUAAAGAGUUUGCUUCACAAGAAGAAGAUGAAGCCAUAAUAGGAAGUGCAUUUCCCAAUAAACAAGCAUCUUUGAUUCUCCAUGAGUUGCUAUCUUCAAUAGCACACCAGCAGCCUUAUGCAGAAACAGCUUGUCGGCAGAGGAAAGGAAAAACAGAGAUGAUAGGAAAUGCAAACAGUGAUUACACAAGCCCUGGUUCUGUACUGGAUGCAUCUUUCUCUAAUGAGAGUUGUUUCUCAAAUAGCUUUGACACUAUCUCAGUUCCAGGACAGAUGAGGCUGCCUCUAGAGCCUGUAGAACCUGAUUGGGACGUUCUUGAAAACUCCGCAGCUUCGUUCAAGAACUCAACAAGUAGUGGUAACUAUCAAGCUAUCUCCAGUCUUAUCAGCCAUGUCUCUAACGUCCUGAGGUGUUUAAGCAACACAGGUCUCAUAUCAACACAUCAGAGAUUCACCAACGCAAGAGAAGUCAUACUCCACACCGAGCUGUCACUUGGUACUACUUCUACUACACAAGACAACUACCUCAUCGGACCAGAACUCUUGGACGAACUCAUGAUAUACGCCGCUCGUUCUGAUAACCUUGUGAAUCUCACUGGAGUAACCGGAGGGUUCCUUGUCGAUGCCAUGAUCGAACACUUGGAAGAAAGAAACACUUCCUGCGGAUUAAAAAAGCCUUCAUCAAAUGCUGAUGCUUCCGUGCUGAUUCGCGGUGUUCUUGAGGAUGUUCCGAAGUGGGCAGCAUUGGCUCGGAUUGAUACGGAUGAAGUCAUCGAAAUUGAGAUGGAGAAAUGGAUGGAUCUUGAAACCCAUACGUUAGGAGUUGGAUCAGAGAUAGCUUAUGAGAUCCUUAAGUGUUUGGUCGGAGAGUUAGCAACUGAUCUCUUUUAGAACAACCAAACCAAGUAACGUUUUGUCAAAAUAAGCAUUUGUGUAAUUCAACAAUAUGAAUCAUAUGAUCGAUGGAUCCUGUUUACUA